AUGUCAACAGUACCAGCUCUCCAAGCCGCCCUCAACAACGCCAACGCACAGCUCACAGAAAGCAACGCACAAAUCGCAGCCCUGAGCGCGACACUCGGAAACAAAAACAGGUAUCUCAUCGCAGCGUCCCGCGAGCUAUACGCACCAACUACUGUCAGAGGCGUGUACUACUCCCUCGAACCCAUGUCGUUCAUUGGCGAAACACAGAUAGUGAGACAGGUACCUGGAGAGACCCUCGAACACGUUCGCUACGAAGAGCUGUGGUCCUCGUCCUCGCCGCAAGUAAACCCUUACAAUGUUGAGCACAAUAUGUACGGCCACUAUGGAACGCGUGUGCCGGGUCUGUUUAUUAGUCAUGAAGAAGUGGAGAGUCAACGUUACCAAUGGUGGGGAGCCCAUCAGCGCUCCGCAGACAAGAAGGAGGAUGAAAAGAAGAAUGACAAUGACAAAACUACAAAGGCGAUGCGGAAGGACAACAAGGAAGCGGAGAAAGACGGGCGACGUGAGGAUGAGGAGCAGGGAGAAGAAAAGGUGGAUAAAGAUACGAGGAAGAAGGCUGAUAGGAAGGAAGAAGGGGAACGAUUGGCGAGGAUCUUUGAAGACGAGUUGGGAUUGAGGAAGAGACGGUGA